CGGAUAGUUUGGCACGCCGACAUAUAAAACAUCCAGCUCAAUUUUUGUUCUGCAAUAUUUUAAGAUUAUAUCAGCUGCAGGGUGAUCAUGGAACUGUUAUUGACCGCAGUAUCAAUGAGCUGAAAAAUAAUCCCGACAAUUGGUCACUGUGGACAUUUUUGUUUGAUUCAACAUUUGCAUCUGUGAAGAAUAUUGAAGAAGAAGCAAAAAAAAGAUUACUCGAUAGGGUUGUUGAACGAAUUUUGUCACUAGUAGCCGAACCGUUGAAUAAAAUGUUACGUGGACCAUAUCUUGCACGUCUAACAUUGAUUAGGAAAUUAGUGGAAAAUGAUGUUUUAGCAAGCAGUCUAUUAGAUACGCUUAAACUUCACGAUCCUCUUGAGUAUUUGUUUGAGUAUAUUCGUUUGUUCUAUAGUAAGCCGUGCUGUUAUGUUGAUUUGAAGCCCUUUCUCUUCUUUAUAAAAGAUGAUCAAGUUGAUAAUUUUAUGCAAAGGGUUUCGGAUUUUAUCACUUUGCUGAAAGAAGAACAUAAUCAGGAGAAAGGAAAAACCACAAACGUGCAUUGGGCUGACAUUGUAUAUCAGCGUUUACAAAGAGGGUUAGGACUUCAUGAGAAAUUAUCAGCAGUUGAAAAAAGACGUGCUGUCACUUAUAUGGUGAAAAUGAUUGAUUGCUGUUCGGAUUCAGAUCUUGCUGCAGCUGUGUAUGCCCAUCUUGCUGCAAAUUUGCUGUGGGAUCUAUAUGCAGAUAAUGGAAAUGCUGAUGCAUUAUAUGAGUUGAUAUUGCUCCUGGAAUGGGUUAUAAAAAAUCAUCCAUCAGAUCCGAUCAGUGCUAUUGUUUUAUGCAAAGCUUAUUCAUCUAUUGGUGUUACAACUCAAGUGCAAAGGUUUAUGCGCGCUUUGGAUAUAAAGUAUAUUCAAAGAGAUACGUUAGGUUACCUCAUUUAUGGUCUUCUGGAACAAUAUGGUAGGUUUAGUAGUGCUAUAAUUCAUUAUACGGAACUUACUGCUUUCUUCGAUCAAACAGAAAAAGAGGUAUCGGAAUGUUUAACUACUGCUUACAAAAAUGGCAGUUUUCUACAAGUACCACGACUAGUUGAAUUCCUGAAUAAAAUCAGCAAGUCGUUUAUUGCUGUCGGUGUUGAUAUACAGACUCGAGCAUUGAGUGCAUGUUUUGCAGUUGACAAAGUUCAGCUUGUUGUUGACACUAUGUACGGAGAUGAGGAACCGAUUGAUUUUCUUGGACUUGAGGAUAAUCGUGAUUUCGGUAUUAUACCAUCGUUUGAUGCUAACAAGGAGCAGCAGAGGCUUAACGAAAUGAAGCAACGUACCUAUCAUGAGCAGAUUGAUGUUUUCCAGUGUGAUGCAAUGAAAUUAAGCCAUUUGUUAAUGAAAUCAGUAGCGGCUGUAGGUCGUUCCAAAUGUACUCUAAAAAAUUUGUCCAUUUAUCUGGAUGAGCUGAAGAAGCAUGUCGAGCACUGCAGGAAAACAUAUAAGGAGGAUGAUUCUUUGCCCAAUUUGUUACAAUCUCCUCCACCAUUAUAUUUAAGCGAAUUAAUAAAUACGCCAAAAAUGGAUUUAUUGAUGCUUCUAUUAAAAUCAGCUUCAAGUGUGGUGGAAUGUUCGGAAAGCAUUAUUUCAUCUAAUAUUAUCGAACAUGUUCAUGAAGAAAAAUUGCUUCACUGCUUGCCGAAUGUUGCCGAAGUUGAAGAAUUAGUUAUUGCUCUCGCUGCUUCAAAUGUUGCUACGGGUGCGCUUUGUUUCCAUGUAACAUUACGGCACUGCAGUAUGGUACUACAAGUUCUUUCAUUUGCGCAGUUAAUUAUUAAAUUAUUGGAAAUGGUUCUGGAUAAUAUUUUUGCAUUUUCACUUGGUCAGGGAACUAAGAAGGGUAGUUUCUCAAAGAAUCAGAGAAAAAAUGUUGUACUGAAUAGGUUACAUGAAGUACGGACAUUGAUUAAUAAAGGUGUCAUAUCGAUAAAUACGCAGUUAUCUGAUGUUCAUAAAUUGCUCAAAAGUAAUGAUCUCAUCCCAGAAAUUAGUAACGAUUAUGAUGAGGCAGUAUACAUUAUAUUGCUCAAAGAGCAAGUUCAAGUCGACUCAUCCAUCGUUGCCUCAUAUACGGAUUCUAUUAUGGACAUGCAAAAAACUGUGAAACGCAUGCUAAAUCAAUCGCAAGCUUGA